AAAGCGAAGGAUCAUCAACCCAUGUAGAAAAACCUUUGUCUCUUGUGGAAAUGCUCGAAAGUUCGAAACACAAACCACCCUCUCACCAAGAUGGAAGAAGCAGAAGCAGAGCGCACAUGGAACAGAGAAACAAUCCCAAAGGUCCUCAGAAUUGUGAGCACGAGACUGCCUCAGAGAGACCUCAUCUCUCUCCUUCUGGUCAGUCCAUGGCUUCACCGUACCCUUCUCUCCUAUCCUUCUCUCUGGCUGGUUCUUGAUUUAUGUGAGAUGGGUAAUGCCGGAAAUCGGCUUGUAGCUGCUAUUUCACUGCCGAGAUAUCAUCAUGUGAAGCAGAUAAAGCUUGAAUUUGCUCAAGAUAUUGAGGAUAAACAUCUCGAACUCCUUAAAAGCAAGUGCUCAGACUCUCUUCAAAACCUGGAGUCUUUGAAUCUGAAUGGCUGCCAAAAGAUCUCUGAUAAGGGAAUUGAAGCUAUAACCAGUGCCUGUCCUAUACUGAAGAUCUUCACUAUCUAUUGGAAUGUCAGGAUUACAGAUAUGGGUAUGGAGCAUCUGGUGAAGAACUGCAAACAUGUAACCGAUUUGAACUUAAGUGGUUGUAAGAAUAUUUCAGACAAAAGUUUGCAAUUAGUUGCUGAGAAUUAUCCGAAGUUAGAGUCGUUGAACCUGACUAGGUGCAUCAAAUUAACAGAUCAUGGAUUGCUGCAGAUAGUGUUCAAAUGCUCCUUUCUCCAGAGUCUAAACUUAUAUGCCCUUUCUGGCUUCACAGAUGAAGCUUACAAGAAAAUCUCUCUUCUAGCCCAUCUUAAGUUCUUAGACCUAUGUGGUGCCCAGAAUCUAUCAGAUGAAGGACUUUCCUGUAUGGCUAAAUGCGCGAACCUUGUAUCUCUCAAUUUGACAUGGUGCGUCCGAGUCACUGAUGCUGGGGUCAUAGCCAUUGCACAGGGUUGCACCUCUCUAGAAUUCCUUAGCUUGUUUGGAAUAAUUGGGGUGACUGAUGAAUGUCUGGAGGCCCUCUCAAGGUCAUGCUCAAACACCAUCACAACCCUUGAUGUGAAUGGAUGUAUUGGCAUUAAGAGACGGAGUCGUGAUGAAUUGCUUCAUUUGUUCCCAUAUCUGAAGUGCUUCAAAGUGCACAGCUAACGUGUGGUCUAUGGAAAUUUGCAAAGAACUGGAUCAUCUCCUUGCAGACAAGGUUCCUAUAAAAGAAAAUGAACUUCUUGCGACUGUACAUAUAUGAAGGCAUUACUUCUUAUAGAUACAUGUGACUGCAUGAAGUAUUUAUGUGGUAAUGGGAUUUAUGACAACUAAUUCAGAAGAGUAGCAGCACAGCAGAGAAAACUGUUAUGAUUUUCAUGAUAUCACCACCAUAACUAGAUUGGAGAUUUUGUGGGGGGGACAUUUCCUGCUUUUUCACAAGGAGCCUGAUCGUUUAUUUAUGAGUUAGAAAAAUAUGUUGUUAGAACAGGAGACGAUGAUCCAUAGUGGCCAGAGCCUUAUUUACUAUAAUGUAUUUAUUGUUGGUGUUA